CUGAUAUCGUCCAACAUAUCUGACAUACUGACAUCUAGCUGAAUAGCAAAAGGUUCUAUCUUGUGGCUCGUGCAGCCCUAGAAAUGACAAGGUGCCCAAUUGUGACCAAUUGUUUUAUACCAGGUAUUUCUCAAAGGUAGCCCUCGUUGUGACUGAGAAGAAAAUUUAAAAAAGACUAGUGUACAGGCUAUUUAAGGUUUCUGUGUAAUAGUAGGAUUAUCUAAAGUAACUUGGACUGUAGAAUAAUCCCAAUUUUUAUUUUGUAGCCAAUUACUCACCACAGAAAAUUACAAAUUGGCACAGCAAGGCAUGUUCAAGGGAAAACCUGGCAUUGUGUGCACAGACUCUGAGAGAUACCGUACAGCAAGAACUGGUUUAAUUUAUGGGCUUCAGUUACUGUACUUCACAUUGUAAGUCAUUGUGCACAACCAGGGCUCGAAACUUGCGAUAUCCCGAUAUCCACAGGAUAUCAGAUUUUAAUUUUGGAUACUGGGUAUCAUAAGCUCAGUAUCCCAACUGGAUACUAGGAAAACUUAGAAAUUGCGAUAGUAGAUAAUCAUCUAGACGUUUGGCAUGUUUCCGAACUUCAAUGUCUACGGAUUUUGGCAGAAUAUUAAAAAAAAUUCACAAACGGUGCUUUCUUUCGUAUCGCCGCAGUGUGUUAUUUUAAAUUUUUUCAAAUUUCAAUACAUAUUUUUAUUAUUGAAACUAAAGGCCUGGUUUUUGCUCAGCAACUGAAGGCCUGGUUUCAAGGUAAAAUUUUGCCUUGCUUAGAUACUGGAAAUAGAAUAUCUUGUAUCCAAAUCUGGGUUACUAUAUUUCAAGGAUGGAUACUAGAUUCUAUGAUGCUGGUAUCCACUCGGAUACUGACAAAAAUUUCAAGUUUCGAGCCCUGCACAACUUUAUAAUAGUGUGUAUUAAUAUUUCUCUGCCAUUACAAUAUAGUGAUGUGACCACAUUCUUAUUCGACUGUGUUAACCCAUUGAGUUGCAUUGUGCCCUACUUUAUUAUUUUACUUUGUCUAACACCAGACUAUUUUACUCGUUAAUGGGUAUAACUGUCCUAUCCGCCCAUGUGUCUAGUUAACCCAUCGAGUUGCAUCGUGCCCUGAUGCACCCUAUUUUAAUGAUUAUGAUACUCUGUCUAACGCAAGAUUAUUUCACUAUGUCUAAUAGACUAAUACCAGAUUGAUUACAGACUUACAGUGAUUACAGUUUUUGAAGAAAGAAUUGUUUAGUAUCCAUACAUGGAUUAAACCAUUAACCUAUAUUAAGAUACUUAAUCUAUAUAAAACCUUAAUCUAUAUGUGUAUUAUAGAAUUAUUAGAAUUAGAACUUAACUAUAUAUGUGUAUUUUAAUCUGUAUAGAAAUUUAUUCUAUGUUUGAUCUUUUUGUAGAGUUGGAAAACCGUUGUAUCAUGGCAGCUUUGACGUCCAGUAUGUCCUUGAGGAGAAGGAGCAUACCUCAGGAGAACCUUUAAUUAAAGUUGUUCUUGUAAGUGAAUUUUGUAUAUUUUAUAACAUCUAGAUAGAAUGUUUGUGAUGUUACUCUGAGUGUAACCUGAAGUUCAGGCCCUAAUCACAGAAUAGGGCCUGACACAAAACCUAUCUAAACUGUGGGAUUCCCGUCCACCUGGUGGACGGGAAAUCUGAUUGGUUGAUCAGCAUCAUGAAGGAUUUUGAUUGGUUGCAAGUUUACAUAAACAACAGUUUUAAAAAUAGCUCGAUCAAGGCGACAAUUAAUAAUAUAAAGGUCAAACGCACAUGGCAAAUUCCAUUAUCGAUUUCUUCGAAUUUCUUUUCUUUUAUGCUUUAUGGCAGAAAAUAAAUCAAACAAACAGUAUUUUGAAAGGGCUUUAUCAAAAUCUUGGACGAAUUUUGGACACACGACGCUGAAAGAACAGCCAAACUAGUCAUGUAUUCGAAAGCUUGUUGUUGACAGCCAACUUAGAUGUUCUGCCAACUGGCUUCGCCAGCAAAAGUCUUAUUUUUAAUAUCAGGUCCUACCGGCGUUGUUUUCUGAGCUACUGUACAUCGCCUUCUUCGUGGUACGAUUGAGAAUUUCAUUGUUGCUGUUGUUAGCCCGUUAGAAUAUAUCGGAGUCCAGCAAGUUGAGACCUUGAGAAAGCUUGGCAGUCAAGCCGUGCACAGAACUGACUAAUUAAAUCUUUGUUUGCUGUUCGGUUAAAUAGAGAAACUGACUCUUAAUUAUAUAAAAGUACCUUGAAUUUUUAAGUUUAAUUAUAAAGCAAAAUGCACACUCUGCGGAUAUGUUCAUGAGAAUAUAAAUUUUGUGUAAACGAAAUCUACAACACUUGUCAAUCAUAUUGCAUGUUGUGUCUAAAAAUAACAUGUGGGCGUCCCACGGUCUAGACAGGUUUUGUGUCAGGCCCUAUUUCAAAUUAGGGCCUGAACUUCAGGUUACUCUGAGUGUGAAUCCACUCCGGGCAAGCUGAAAAUUUUGUGGGAAUCGAACCUGCGAUCUUUGGGAUACUAGUCCAAUGCUCUGCCAAAUGAGCUACAUGGUCAAGUCGGUUCGAGUUGAUGAUAUUUCGGAACUGAGUCUAGUUCCUUCUAUAUCAGUGUAUUCUAUAUGAUUAUUUUUUAUGUGUGUUGGUGUUAUGUACUUGAUGUUAUGUACUCAGGUGAUGUACUCAGUAUGACAAAAAAUAAUCAGACAUAUAGAAUACACUGAUAUAGAAGGAACUAGACUCAGUUCCGAAAUAUUGUCAACUCGAACCGACUUGGCACAUCAGUUGGCAGAGCAUUGGACUAGUAUCCCAAAGGUCUCGGGUUCGAUUCCCACCAUGGCCAAGCUAACUUUUCAGCUUGCCCGGUGUGGAUUCACACUCAGAGUAAUAUCACAAAUAUCAUAUUCACUGAGUACAUAAUGCCAACACACACAAAAAAUAAUCUAGAUAGAAAUUAUGAAGUGAUGUAUAUUUUUGUAGUGUAACUACAGGAGAAGAAGUACAAUAUUUAGACAAAAGUGUAAGUUGUGCAUGAAAUGCUUAUUUCACUCAGUUAUAUAUUUCCUUGUUGCAGGAUGAUUCUGAAAUUGCUCCCAAAAUAUCAGGAUGCUCAACCCCUCGUCUAUUUGCUACUGGACUUCUGGAAGAGAUAAGUUCGAUUUCAUUGAUUGCAGAGGGAAUGGUUGUAAAAAAUUCAGAUACGAUCCGUGCAAUAUUACCAACGCAGUGGCACGUUUGCUUGCAGGGUACUAUGUUUUAACAUGCAGUACCCAAAAGGGGCCAACAGGUCAUAGUAAGAACAUUUACAUGUUUUAGUAAGUUAGAACAUGUUCUUUUGGCCAAUAAUUGCCAUACCGGUACUUUACCAAUUGACGUGGAGAACUUCCUAAGCUAAAGGAUUUUAUGAACACAUUAAAUGGAACAAUUUAUGUUAAUGAAAUUUAUGAUAAUGAUGAUAUUGUAUCACUAAUUUAAUGCAUGUAUUGUACAUGCAGGAUAUAUUGUCCCGAGGAGAGUUAUGACCCUCACAAUCAUGGGCUAUUUCUGUGAAUGUUUCUAUAUAGUAUAACUCUAAACUAUAUAUAGCUUACAAGCUAAUGAAUUGUGUGAGAUAACCAUUGUUUCUUCUAUAUAUGAACCGCAUGCCAUCAAACACUGCACCACUUCCACUUUACUGUUUUGCAAUUGUCGCACACUGGAACUCAAUUAUCUCGUAGAUUAUUUUAAUUAUAUAUUAUAUAUAAGACUUAUG